AUGGAAGGUGCUCAUGUAUCAUCCAUUGGUCUCACGGUCGCUCUUGAUCUUUCAUCAGAAAGUGAAUUAAAUGAUAUCUGUCAAACAUAUAUUGACAAUUUUAUUGAAGAAGUCUUACAGUCAGAUUUUGAAAGCUCUCCAUACCAGAGGCAUAAGCCGCCCACAGCUGAUCAAGUUGAACCCUAUCACAGUUCAACAGCACUUUGA